UAUUCACAAACCUGCCGUCCUGGGAAGAAGAACUCAACAGUGCAGCGCUAACAGCGGUCACUCCUGAAAAAAUGUCUGAACAACGAGCUUUAAAGAACCCCUAUCCAGAUUACACCGGGCCUGGAUGUGCACAAGAUCUGUUUGACAUGCAGGGAAAUUUGACCCAGCAUUUUGCCAGUUGUAUAAGCAGCAAGAUCAGUGAGCUUCUGGCGGUCAUGGAGAAUGGACUGAAGAACGCUGAUCCCAGGGACUGCACUGGUUACACUGGCUGGGCAGGCAUUGCCCUGCUCUACCUGCACCUCCACAGCACCUUUGGAGAGCCCUCUUUCCUCCAGAAGGCUCUGGACUAUGUCAGCCGCAGUCUGAGGAGUCUAACCCAGCGCUGGGUGACCUUCCUGUGUGGGGAUGCAGGGCCGCUGGCUGUUGCUGCGGUGGUCUAUCAUCGACUCCAGAAACCUCAUGAGGCUGAGGAGUGUGUGAACAGGCUGUUGCAUUUGCACCAGUCAGUAGUGCAGGGGAAAGGCAGGCUUCCUGAUGAGCUGCUCUAUGGCAGAGUGGGUUACCUUUACUCCCUCAUCUUCAUUAACCAGCAAUUUCAACAGGAGAAGAUCCCCAUUCAGUACAUUCAGCAGAUCUGUGAUGCAGUGUUGGCUUCAGGACAGAAUCUGUCUAUCAGGAACAAGAUCCAGGAGCAGAGCCCUCUCAUGUAUGAGUGGUAUCAGGAGGAGUAUAUGGGUGCCGCCCAUGGCCUGUCAGGGAUCUACUACUACUUGAUGCAGCCUGGCUUUGUGGUCGGAGAGGACAGAGUUUACCAUCUAGUCAAACCCAGCGUGAACUACGUGUGUCACCUGAAGUUUCCAUCAGGCAAUUACCCACCUUGUGUCGGAGAUUCUCGGGAUCUUCUGGUGCACUGGUGUCACGGCUCUCCUGGAGUGAUCUACAUGUUGAUACAGGCCUUUAAGGUGUUUGGCGUGAGGCAGUAUCUGGAGGACGCGCUGCACUGUGGGGAGGUGAUCUGGCACAGAGGUUUGCUGAAGAAGGGUUACGGCCUCUGUCAUGGUGCGGCUGGAAACGCAUAUGGCUUCCUGGCCCUUUACAAGAUCACCCAGGAUCCCAAACACCUCUACAGAGCCUGCAUGUUUGCAGACUGGUGCAUGAAUUAUGGAAAACAUGGCUGCCGGACUCCAGAUACACCGUUCUCACUGUUUGAAGGGAUGGCAGGCACAAUUUAUUUCCUGACCGACUUGCUGCAGCCGACUAGAGCCAAGUUCCCGGCUUUUGAGGUGUAAAGACUGUUCCAGACGACUGAGUUUUUUUCGCUUAAGCUUCCCCCCGAGCCAGAAGAACUCGCGCUCUAAUGGUGGAAUAGUACUGUCUCACUCUGCAUGUGCGUCUGUAUGCCGCUGAUCUGUCACAAUUCACGCUAAGUCUUAUGAGAGUUGCUGUACAUGUGGAGAACAGUACCCUGGAGGUGUUAUUUUUGCCCUUAACGGAAGGUGGAUGGGAAUCUAGGCUGUAUAGAUUAGGGUUACUUUGGAACUGUUAAGGAAAGCUGCUUUAAAUAGCUCGAUAUGCUUAACAGAUCGCACUGAUUUUUGUGAAUUUUUGAUGUUACAUGUCCGUUAGUAUUACUUUAAUUAAUACGACUCAUUGAAAAUGAACUGUUUUGAUGUGUUUGUGAGGAUAAAUUCCGAUAUGACAGCAAGGUAAAGUAUGACGUCUUAGUGGUUGGUAAUUAAUCAAACAGCAUCUUUAAGGUGACACUAAAAUACAGUGAUGAUAUGCUUUCUGUAAGAUUAAUGCUUUGCUUUCUGUAUUAGUAAUGUAUUAUUCCUUUUUUUUCUCUCUCUUGAUAAUGCUAGUUGUUAUAUCAGAGGAUGUGCUGCCAACACAAUUUUAGGUUUUAUUCGGUUGUGGAAUAAUUUGUUUUUUAGCAUUUUCAUUUGCCUUUUUUCAUCAGUAUUUGUACAUUUUCAUCUGCCCAGCAAUAAAAAAAAAUAAGGAAAGCA